AGUCAUCAUGAAUUACCUGCGCAGGCGUCUGUCGGACAGCAGUUUUGUAGCCAAUCUGCCCAACGGCUACAUGAUGGACCUGCAGCGUCCUUCCAGCUCCAGCAGCUCUCCAGCGUCUCCGGCCACAGAGCGCCGCCCGCCGCCGGCCCCGGCCCCGGCCCCGGCCCCAACCCCAGCCCCGGGCCCCGCGGGCUUCCUCAGCUCCUUCUCCAGUGUGGUGAAGACGGCUCAGAUCGCCAGCGCUGUUCAGGCCAAAGCCUCCGCCGCGCACGCAGACGCCGCUAAACCCGCCGAACGCAAACCCAAAGUCCUGCUGGUCAUCGACGAGCCACACACAGACUG